AUUUAUUGUGAAAAAUAUAGAAAGGAUGAAGAGGAAACCAGCCAAAUACUUUUUUACAGCACUGUUGAGUGUGAACUGAGCAGUUACUCAUCAACCUCAGAAAGAUGUUUUUAGCUAUGCUGUUUGUAACAGGCAUACACAUAGCAGUGGGAUUCAACAUAUUCACAAAUCCCGUGAACAGAUUUACAAAUGAUGACCCGCUGUUCGGUCAAACAGUUAUUCCGUCCAGGGACGGACGUGUUCAGGUGCACGGACAAAAGAUGUGCUGAAAUAUAUGUUAAUGGAGUAACAAAAGACAUGAGACCAAUUUUGUCUGCAACAUCCAGCUGGAGUGAAGACAAGGAGCAGCUUCUGGUUUGUAACCAAGUUCGGACAAUUAACUUAGCAACUGAGAAUUUCAGCGGAAAGUGUACACACAUAUCUGAUCAUCAGGAAAAGAGGCAAAUCUAUCCCAAUAAGUUGCGUAUGUGUUUGCACUAAAACAUACACAAGAAAUUCUCACAUCAGAAAACAUUUCAAUGAUCCUCGCUUAAUACCAGUACACCAUAUUAGUUUUACAGCUACUGGAACAAAAUGCCAUGAACAACAACAACAACAACAACAAUGAAGACCAAGCAAGUCAAACAAGUCUUCAAGGAUCUGAAGACACUUUUUCACAAUUUGACAUAUCAGAUGAUUAAAAUGUGGUGUCUGAUAGACAUAACUUCCUAAAUAAAUUUUAAAUUCUCAUAUAGAUAAUACUGUGAAAUCUUUCUGCUGCUUGUGUUUAUGUGAAGAUGCAGGAACAGAGAUCGCUUUUGUGCUGGACGGCUCUAGUAGCAUUGAGCCGGAGGAUUUUGAAAGGGCCAAAGACUUUAUUUAUAAUGUGAUGACAUUGUAUGGAGAACAUGUUUGAAUUGCAAGUUUGCAGUAGUACAGUUUGGGAGAGACAUAAGGACAGAACUCUAUCUGAACGAGAAUGAUGACCGUCUCAGAGCCUUGGAUCAGGUGAAGAACAUAAAACAGGCCCAUGCAAUCACCAAGACCGCUUCAGCCCUCUACCAUGUUCUCACAGAUGUUUUUGUUCCUCAAAGUGGAUCAAAAGAAAAUGGCAAAAAAAAAAUUAUUCUACUGUCUGAUGGACAGGAGAUACAAGAAACCUCACAGAUGUUUUGAACAUGCCACAGAUGGAAGGGAUUGUUCGCUAUGCUAUCGGAAUGCAGGAACAGAGAUCACUUUUGUGCUGGACGGCUCUGCUAGCAUUGACCCGGAGGAUUUUGAAAGGGCCAAAGACUUUAUUGGAAAUGUGACGAAAAAAGUAUGGACAACAUGUUUGAAUUGCAAGUUUGCAGUAGUGCAGUUUGGGAGAGACAUAAGGACAGAACUCUAUCUGAAAGAAAGUGAUGACCAUCUCAGAGCCUUGGAUAAGGUGAAGAACAUAAAACAGGUCCAUGCAAUCACCAAGACCGCUUCAGCCCUCUACCAUGUUCUCACAGACGUCUUUGUUCCUCAAAGUGGAUCAAAAGAAAACGCCAAAAAAAAAAUUAUUCUACUGUCUGAUGGACAAAUGUCAGGAGAUACAAGAAACCUCACAGAUGUUUUGAACAUGCCACAGAUGAAGGGGAUUGACCGCUAUGCUAUAGGAGUUGGACCAGAAGUUCUGAACAAACCAUGGGCAAUACACGAGAUGAUUGAAAUAGCUGGCAGUCAAGACCGAUUUUUCAACAUUUCUAAUUACGCUGACUUGCAAAACAGUGGCUCUUCAUUGGAAAAAAAUCUAUUUAGCAUUAAAGGAACAGAGAUCGCUUUUGUGCUGGAUGGCUCUGGUAGCAUUGAACCAGAGGAUUUUGAAAGGGCCAAAGAGUUUAUUGGUAAUGUGAUGAAUAACGUUUGGACAAUAUGUUUCAGUUGCAAGUUUGCAGUGGUCCAGUUUGGGAGAUACAUAAGGACAGAACUCUCUCUCAAUGAAAAUAGUGACCAUGUCAGAGCCUUGGAUAAGGUGAAGAACAUAACACAGAUUAAUGCAAUCACCAAGACCGCUUCAGCCCUCUACCAUGUUCUCACAGACGUUUUUGUUCCUCAAAGUGGAUCAGAAGGAAAUGCCAAAAAAAUUAUUAUUUUACUGUCUGAUGGACAAAUGACAGGAGAUCCAAGAAACCUCACAGAUGUUUUGAACAUGCCACAGAUGAAGGGGAUUGACCGCUAUGCUAUUGGACUAGGGCCAGAGGUUCUGAAUAAGGAACAAGCAUUACAAGAGAUGAUUGAGAUAGCUGGAAGUGAAGAGAAGUUCUUCAAGGUUUCUAGUUAUGCUGCCUUGAAAAACAUACUCUCUUCUUUGCAAAUACCUCUGCUUAGAGCUGCAGGAAAAGGAACAUUCUGCGAUUCCUAGGAGUUUUGAUGAUCACCAAGCUGGAUUUUUGGUUCUACCUGGCUUCUUUGGUUAUGUUACUUUUCAAAAGGGUGCAUGGGAGCAAUACUACUGCAUCAGGAUGGAUAAUGAGAGUAAUCAUAUAAACCUAUCUAUAUUAAUGAUUGAUCCUGAACAACAAUAGUGAGCAACAGGACAAAAUUAUAUUCAGUAAUCCAAUGAUCUACUUUUUAAACGUAUUAACAUAUUUCUUUUCUUUAAACUAAUACAAAUAUAAAUAUAAAUGUGGAUUUAUGAUGAUCUUGAAUAGAUGUUAUGACAAAGAAGUAGAACAAAACAUGCUAAUUGCUAACUGGCAAGAGCGUCGGGUCCGUGCUAGAGUAGCGUGCUUUCAUGAGGCUCAACUGUCAUGUAGGAUACCCUCAGUAGACCCUCCUGCAGGUGAAUAUCUUCUCUCAUUUAUUGAAAUACCCACUUCUAUGUCUACAUGAACAUCAUAAAUUAGUUUAUGAAGAGGUUAUCUUGAAUUAAUAGUAAUCAGUUACUAAAUAAUAGGCUACGUGAUCAGACUAACUGAUGUAACAACACUUGAGAUGAUUUUACCACUCGACCUUUUUAAAAAUUGCAUUAUAAAUAAACCAUAUUUUGAUUCUGCACUAGAUGUUUUUUGUCUAAUGUCUUCUGACUGUCCAGUCAAUGUGUUACUAUCGUCAACAUACUGUAGUUAAAUAGGAUUUGUUACACCUGAACAUUUUCAACUGAAUUAAUAAAUAAUAAGAGAAUAUUCCCUCGACAGGUCAUACAAGUUUCAUUUUAUAAUGCAAUUUUUCCAUCCAUCCAUUUUCUAUACCCGCUUUAUUCCUAAUUAGGGUCACGGGGAUCUGCUGGAGCCUAUCCCAGCCCACAGUGGGCGAAAGGCAGGGUUACACCCAGGACAGGUCUCCAGUCCCUCACAGGGCCACACAUAGAGACAGACAACCACACACACUCACACACACUCCUAUGGGCAAUUUAGAAUGAUCAAUCAACCUAAUGUACAAGUUUUUGGACUGUGGGAGGAAACCGGAGUACCCGGAGUAAACCCAUGCAGGUACGGGGAGAACACGCAAACUCUAGACAGAAAGGAGACCCAAUUUUACAAGCAAUGCUUAACAGACACUUCCUAGUCAAUUCAUAAAUUCACUUAACAUAAAUUCACUUAACGUAAAGUCUAAAAUUAAAAUCUUGAAUCCCAUUGUCAAGUAAAGACAGAAGCAGGAUUAUGUUUUAUUAAAAAUCAGAUAAUAAAUUUCACAGGCAAGUCCAGAGAGCAAAGUAACAACAACACAAGGGUAGAACCAGAAAUACAACACUAAAUAUAAACAUCUUGGUCUCAUCACUACAAACCAAUUACAGGUGAACUGACUUAAAUGUCCCAGGUUAGAGAUCCUUGACCCCCAGGAGCCCUCUGGUGACAUUGACCUGCACUGUAAAACACUUCAUAUCUACUUAUGUAUCUGUUUUAACUGGUUCUUGUAAAAUUUAUCCAUUCUUAGUCUUAGAGAAAAGGUCAUUUUCUCCAUAUCAUACAUGUCCU